AGAUGAAUCUGCGUUCUGUAUUUACUGUAGAACAACAAAGGAUUUUACAACGUUAUUAUGAAAAUGGAAUGACAAAUCAAAGUAAAAAUUGCUUUCAGCUCAUAUUACAGUGUGCACAGGAGACUAAGCUGGACUUCAGUGUAGUCAGGACGUGGGUUGGCAAUAAGAGAAGAAAAAUGAGUAGCAAGAAUUCUGAACCAGGAAUGGCAACAGGAACUGCUUCCAAUAACUCUUUGACAGCACCAGACAUCACCAUCAGAAAUGUGGUUAAUAUUUCUCCACCCUCAAGCCAACAGUCUUCCUGGACAUCUGCCAAUAAUGAUGUCAUUGUAACUGGUGUAUACAGUCCAGCCAGUUCAUCAAAUAGGCAAGCGACAACCAAACAUACAAAUACACAAAUUACAGAAGCAUGUAAAAUUCCUAUUCAGAAAACAGCCAAUAAAAAUGACACUGAGUUUCAAUUUCACAUUCCUGUCCAAAGACAAGUAGCACAUUGUAAAAAUGCAUCCUUGCUUCUAGGUGAAAAAACAAUUAUUUUGUCAAGACAGACAAGUGUGCUAAAUGCUGGAAACUCCGUAUUCAAUCACACUAAGAAAAACUAUGGAAGCUCUUUAGUGCAGGCUUCUGAAAUGACAGUAUCUCAAAAGCCAUCUUUGUGCCACCGACCUUGCAAAAUUGAACCAGUUGGGAUUCAAAGAUCAUAUAAGCCUGAAUACGCAAGUUUGACAUCACGUAAUUUAUAUGGACAAAAGGCAACUAUCAGAGACCCUUACUGCAGAACACAAAAUUUAGAAAUCCGUGAAGUGUUUUCUUUGGCAGUUAGUGAUUGCCCCCAGAGAAUUCUGGGAGGAAAUGCCCCACAGAAGCCUAUCUCAACAGAAGGAACUUGUUUUUCCAUUGCAAUGGAGACUGGUGAUGCUGAGGAUGAAUAUGCCAGAGAAGAAGAGUUGGCAUUGAUGGGAGCACAGAUACCAAGCUACUCGAGAUUUUAUGAAUAUGGCAAUUCCCUUCAAGCUGAGAACCAAAGUACAACUUUACCUGGGCCAGGAAUAAAUAUGCCAAAUUCACAAAUGGUGAAUGUUAGAGAUUUAUCAGACAGUGUACUUCAUCAGAACAGAGACUACCAUUUGACACCACGGACCUCAUUACAUACAGCAUCAAGUACAAUAUACAGCAAUACGAAUCAAUCACGGAGUAAUUUUUCUUCACAUUUUGCAUCAUCAAAUCAAUUGGGAUUAUCACAAAACCAAAAUAAUUACCAGAUUUCAGGAAACCUUACUGUGCCUUGGAUUACAGCGUGUACUAGGAAAAGAGCACUACAAGACCGCACACAGUUCAGUGACCGAGACUUAGCCACCCUUAAGAAGUAUUGGGACAAUGGCAUGACCAGCCUGGGUUCUGUUUGCAGAGAGAAAAUUGAAGCUGUUGCAACUGAAUUAAAUGUUGACUGUGAAAUAGUUCGGACAUGGAUUGGGAAUCGAAGAAGGAAAUAUCGUUUGAUGGGGAUUGAAGUUCCACCUCCAAGAGGAGGUCCUGCUGAUUUCUCUGAGCAGCCCCAGGCUGGUUCGCUGUCUGCACUCACACGAGGAGAGGAAGCUAGGCCAGAAGUAGGAGAGGAUAAUGACAGAAAUGAUGAAGUAUCCAUCUCUUUGUCUGAAGGAAGUUCUCAAGAAGAAUCCAAUGAAGUUGCUCUAAAUGAGGCAAGGGCUCAUAAGGAGGAGGACCACCAUGAAGUAUCUGCAGAUAAUGUGAAAAUAGAAAUUAUUGAUGAUGAAGAAAGUGACAUGAUAAGUAAUUCUGAAAUAGAACAAGUAAAUUCUCCCUUGGAUUACAAGAAUGAAGAAGUGAAAUUCAUUGAAAAUGAGCUAGAGAUUCAAAAGCAAAAAUACUUUAAGCUUCAGACUUUUGUUAGAAGCUUGAUACUAGCUAUGAAAGCUGAAGAUAAGGAACAACAGCAGGCACUGCUAUCAGAUUUACCUCCUGAAUUAGAAGACAUGGAUUUCAAUCAUGCCUCGCUGGAGCCUGAUGAUACCUCAUUCAGUGUUUCUUCUUUAUCAGAGAAAAAUGCCUCAGACAGUUUGUGAUUUGAGGGGGAGAGAAAUUAUGCAGUCUUUUGGCUGCCUAACAGGUGUGCUUUUCAAAAUAACUGCACUAUGUUGUCCUGAUUAUUCUUCAGUUUGAAAAAUACAUUGUUGAAACAGACAUAUUCUAUGAAAGAUUGACAAGAUAUAAUGGCUACAGUGCAGAAAAAAAUGUGUGUGAAAUUUAAUAGUAUUGUUUGAAAGGUUUUUUUUUUUUAACAAACUGAUGGAACUCUGGAAAAAUUUAUAUUUACAUUUGAGCAGUUCAGGCAUGAAGUAUAUUAUGUCUAAU